CAUGUUUCGGUGCUCUUCGUCUUCACUUCUAUGCUCCUGGAAACAUCGGGACAGCAGAACCACGGUACGCGGGAGUUCUGCAAGUUCAUCUUCGAGGCUCGGUCUCGAAGACCAGAAGAUCUGUAACUGUUAAAUCGAUCUCUGCGUCUUGGUGUAUAGCGGAGAAACGCAGAAAUGGCUCUAUGGAUGGAAAAAGGUUCAGAACCGGAGACGGAAAAGGAGAAAGCAGACCUCGAGGCCAUCAACGCCCUCAAACAAUCGGCCGCUAUCGAACUGAAGGAAAAGGGCAAUGAAUAUGUGAAGCUGGGUAAAAAGCAUUAUUCAGAUGCCAUUGAUUGUUACACCAGGGCAAUAAAUCAGAAGGUUCUAAGUGAUUCUGAGAAUUCAAUUCUCUUUGCUAAUAGAGCACAUGUUAAUCUACUUCUGGGAAAUUACAGACGUGCUCUCAGGGAUGCUGAGGAGGCAAUCAAACUCUGUCCAACAAAUAUCAAGGCAUUUUACAGAGCUGUCAAAGCAUCAUUGUCUCUGAACCUGUUGUUGGAAGCCAAACAAUAUUGUGAAAAAGCACUUCAGCAAUCCCCAGAUAAUGAGGAACUAAGGAAGCUUGCUAGAGAAAUUGCUUUGCAGAAGUCAGAGUGUGAACGUCAUGGGGCUGAAAUUUCCAUGGCUGUGGCUGAAGCUAAGGGCACUGUUUCUGCUAUUGAAGAUAGAAAACUGAAUAUUGGGAAGGCCAGUUUUCAAGAACUCGUUGGAUUGAAGAAGCCAAUAUUAGAUAACAAUAACAUUCUUCACUGGCCUGUUCUUUUUCUAUAUGCAGAAGUUAUGAGCAGUGACAUUAUUGAGGACUUCUGUGAGACUGACAUGUUUUCUGUUCAUCUUGAUAUGAUGUUUUCCGAAGAUUGUCCACCAUUGCCUUGGGAUAAAGAAAAAGCUUACACCAGGGAGGCUGUUGAACUUUAUUAUGAGACAGGAUCUGGAGUUUACUUAUCCAAGAAGGAAAUUCUUUGCUAUCUUUUAGAGGGAACUGCCGGAGCACAUCUUGAAGGCAUUGGUGAUGAAGUAGAACAUGCAGCCAAUUCUUCAGAUUGCAGCAUCUCUGCAGGCCAGGGUCCAUCUAAAUGGGUCAAAGUAAAUGAAAAGAGAACUCUGUAUGACGUUUUGAGGGAACCAAAUUUUGUCAUCCCUGGGAUCCCAGUGUUUUAUGUCGUUUCAAAGAAAUCCAGCUUUUAUAAAGAUUUCAGAGCUGGAAAGUGGGCUCCUCCAAGACUGCAUGAUGAAUAAGUUGCACAAUGACACAAUAAUUUACUCCAACUUCAAAGGCAUUGAUUAUCAUCCAGGAGUUUUCGCAUUCUACCCAAUAUGUGGAUUUGAUAAGAAAGUCAAGUCUGUCGAUGUACUAUUAUUAGAUAACACAGAGAAGCUGGUUUUUUCUUGGCCUGUUGAUUCUCGUCAAGUUUUGAGACAAAAGGCAGGAUGGAUGGAUGGAGGGGUUGGAACAGCCAGGAGUCUGGAUCAUCGACUUGACUCAAGUUUUGUGCAUCUUGGCCCCAACUUCCUAAGAAAUCGCUAUUAAUUACUCUUUCCAGGACUCUUUUUAUGUAAGGCCCUUCUGUUUUGCUUGUGUUGCUGCAAUUGGGUCUUCCUUCCAUCUGUUAUAUCUGAUGUCCAUAAAUUGGAGUCACUAUGGUUGGUCAACUGUGAUGGAAGCAUCAGUAGCCGGAAUGCCUUGCGGCCCCUGCUCCUGCUUCCACUUCAACGGUACAAAUCAACGUAAUUUAAUUAGUGUAUGUAUCAUCAUCUUCUCUUUGAAUAAAGUUUGGGGAACUUGGUGAUCCUCAAAUCCA